CGCCCCGCAGAGAUUUGCUCGGUAGUUGCGUGAAUGCGCCUCGUGUACGCGCUUCGUUGAAGGGAGCGGCGUCAGCCGCAGUUUCAAGAUGGAAAGUUGUUGCAGUAGUACUGCGAUGGACCCUCGUUAUCACGUUUUCUGUGGCGAUCCAGCUGGAGAAGAAGUUGCGGCAAUGUCCGUGUGUGAAGCGUUCUCGUCGCGUCGAGACGACACACCCAGAUACGCCCUGCCUCGUGAAAUUGGGCACUACUCUCUACUUCAAGACGGUGAGGACUUCAAGUUCGUGGAUGGAGACGGUGCAAAGAGGUACCUGCGAAGGCAGAUUCCGUUUUGUCCCAUGUGGAACCUGAACGACGGAUACGCGAAAACACCGCACGUCAAUUGGAUUAGCCUGACACCGGCAGAAUGUCUACUCCGCUGGAUUAUUCGCAACAAAGACAAGGCGGUGACACUUUCGACCAGUGAAGGGCAGUCGGAACGUGUACGCACGGAUUUCGUCGGCCACCGGUUGUGCUUGUGUGUUCUUAUGUGCACACCGUAUGACAAGACAACGGCCUGGCGAAUGGUGGCUUCCCGACACCGAGGCGUCAUCUAUCUACGGGUUCAUCCGACAAAGACGGAAGUGCACGAAUACCUCAAAGGGAGGAAGGACAACUGCUUUGUGGAUCGCACGACAUACUGGGGCCUCAAGUUUCACCGCAUCAUGAGCCCAACUGAGCCAUGGGUGGCACCCGAGGAAGGCGAAUUGGUGAGAGAAGGUGACUCGUACAACACCGUCUUGCGUGGCCAGAUUGGAAUGCACACAUUUGUGAUAUCAGGAGAAGUAAAAGCCGUCGACCCUUCUGUUCAGUGCGAGCCAGGUUCUACAGCAAGCUACGUGGAGUUCAAGACGAACCGCGUCUUCUCCGCUGAAUCACACCGCUUGAAUUUUCACAAGCACAAGCUGCUCUCCUGGUGGGCCAAGUCACGUAUUGGAGGCGUCCCAAGGGGAUUGUGUGGUUUUCGAGAUGACAAUGGCAUUGUCAGGCACAUCCAAGAGUUUGAUGUGAGCAAAAUGCCAGGCAAGGCUAAGGGACUGUGGUCAGAAGAUGUGUGCAUGCAGUUCCUGGAUGACGCGCUUAACUUCAUUAGGCAGCACGUUGAAGGUGACGACGGGAGGACUGUGUAUCUUUUCACGUACGAGCCGUCAUCCUACCAGAUAACUUGCAAGCGUCUGGUGGAUCCCGGGAAGCUGUACAGCUUGCCCGACUGGUUCCUGAAAAGCAUUGAGGGCAGUUGAAGAUCUUCCACGAGCCGCUGUUACUUUCUAUGUAGCGUGCAGAAAGCCAACUGACAAAACAGAGAAGAGCUCUUCUGUGAUAAUUUAUGAGUAGAUGUGGCUGCUCCAGAAUUUGUGCCUGGAUAAUUUCAGAUAAUUUGGUGUACAUUUUAUAUUUGUUCUUAAAUGCUCGCUAAUUUUCUCUAUAUUUUCUUUUGUGACAAGCAUCCUAAAAACAGGUGACAUUAUCACAUGUUCCUUGGACGAUGGAAGGUAUAAAAGUAACUACUAAAUCAGCUACAAGUUCUUUUCUACAUCGUUCAAUUAAUUUGCAGUAGUAUUAUCGUUCUUUAUAAUUUUCCUUGAGGGUAAAAUAAACUAUUUUUGCUGCA